AUGAAUCGUUCCUCAUCCUCUGGCUCACGCGCCCGCCAAUCCUCCCAACAGCCUACACCCCUCCGUCCCCAAUCCACGCGCCGUCCGUCCUCGCGCCCCAAUCAGCCCUCACGCUCCACGUCUUUUGCACCUUCUCUCCGGCGGCGCACAACAGGCCAAUCCUUCCUGUCCCUCGACCCUGACCAUGAUGACCCGGAGGCUGCAGAAACUACACAUACUGAUGCGGCCAUUGUCGAAGAGAUAGCAGAGAUCAAGCGGUAUGAAGACUUCACAACGAUAGACUGGGUUCAAGACGCUGCCCGCGAACAAUUGCGACGGAAAGCGCGCCGGCGUGAAAGAGAUAGCAUCGGUGUGCGGAAAGAUGGCAGGACCGCGAAAGUGUUCCUAGGCCGAGGACAAGGGAAAUGGAGGCGGAAGAUCGCCGAAGCAUACGAUGCAGGCCAAGCGUGGAUUGUCGUUACGCUUGUUGGCGCUGCGAUAGGUCUCAACGCGGCCUUCCUCAAUAUCAUCACUGAAUGGCUGAGUGAUAUCAAACUGGGACAUUGCACUACGGCCUUUUACCUCAAUGAGAGUUUCUGUUGCUGGGGUGCCGAAGGUGGUUGCCCUGAGUGGAAACGCUGGAGUGGAUUCUGGCCAGCGAAUUACGUUCUUUACAUCAUGUUCGCAGCUCUGUUCUCCUUUACCGCGGCAAGGCUGGUCAAGAGCUUCGCACCGUAUGCAGCUGGUUCGGGCAUCUCAGAGAUGAAGUGCAUAAUCGCGGGCUUCGUUAUGAAGGGCUUCCUAGGCUUCACCACGCUUUUCAUUAAGUCGAUUGGCCUGCCACUGGCUAUUGCGUCGGGGCUGUCGGUCGGCAAGGAAGGGCCUAGUGUGCACUAUGCCGUAUGUACGGGUAAUGUGAUCAGUAGGUUCUUCGACAAGUACAGAAGGAAUGCGGCCAAGACGAGGGAGAUCUUAUGUGCGAGUGCGGCAGCAGGUGUAGGUGUAGCAUUUGGAAGUCCAAUUGGAGGUGUGCUUUUCUCACUUGAGGAGAUGAGCAAUCAGUUUCCACUCAAGACGCUUUGGAGGAGUUAUUUCUGUGCGCUAGUCGCUACGGCAGUUCUGGCUGCUAUGAAUCCCUUCCGAACAGGCCAGCUCGUCAUGUUCAACGUCUCGUAUGACCGCUCCUGGCACUUUUUCGAAACCUUCUUCUACAUCAUCAUCGGUGUCUUUGGCGGCCUCUAUGGUGCUUUCGUCAUCAAAUGGAAUCUCAGGAUGCAAGUCUUUCGCAAGAAGUAUCUUUCGGCAUACCCCAUUACAGAGGCUGUUACGCUAGCUGUCAUCACUGGUGUUAUCUGCUAUCCGAACAUGUUCUUAAGGAUCGAUAUGACAGAGAGUAUGGAGAUUCUGUUCCAGGAGUGUGAGGGUGACAAGGGCUAUGACCGUCUUUGUGAUGCGAACCAUCGCUGGCACAAUGUUGGAACCCUUGCCAUUGCAACGGUCCUACGCACCCUGUUGGUCGUUAUAUCGUUCGGGUGUAAAGUGCCUGCUGGCAUCUUCGUGCCUAGUAUGGCCAUCGGCGCCGCUUUUGGUCGUAUGGUCGGUAUCUGCGUUCAAGCUCUGCACGAAUCUUUCCCUGGCUCAGCUUUCUUCUCGGCCUGCGAUCCAGAUGGAGCUUGUAUCACACCAGGCACCUACGCCUUCCUCGGCGCAGCGGCGGCUCUCAGUGGCAUCAUGCACAUCACGGUUAGCGUCGUGGUCAUCAUGUUCGAGAUCACCGGCGCAUUGACAUACAUUCUCCCCACAAUGAUAGUCGUGGGUGUUACAAAAGCAGUUAGCGAACGUUUUGGUCAUGGCGGAAUCGCAGACCGCAUGAUCUACCUGAAUGGCUAUCCGUUCCUCGACAGCAAAGAAGAACACACCUUUGGUGUUCCUGUUAGCCAAGUCAUGUCCAGCCGCGUGGUCUGUCUACCAUCCACAGGUAUGGAACUUCGUCAGAUGGAACGUCUAAUGAAUGAAAACGCCUACCAAGGCUACCCCAUUGUGGAGGACAUGAAGACGAAGACACUCGUCGGCUACAUCGGCCGAACAGAACUACGCUAUGCUAUUGAUCGCGCCAAAAUCGAACAGCAGGCUCCGGGUCACGCAAAAUGUUAUUUCACAUCUUCUUCUCCUGCUAGCAACACCAGUUCCCGAGCUGCAAGCGGCACAGCAGCAUCAGCACCCAACACAACGUUUGACUCCAUACCCACAACCUCUUCUCAGACCUCGUUAGACUUCACCCGCUAUAUCGAUCCAACACCACUCUCAGUGCAUCCCCGCCUACCCCUCGAAACCGUUAUGGAGCUGUUCAAGAAAAUGGGUCCACGGGUCGUUUUGAUCGAAUAUCGCGGCCGUCUAACUGGUCUAAUUACCAUCAAGGACUGUCUGAAGUACCAGUUCAAAGUUGAGGCCGGAGGUGGACACGGUGGUGGAACAGGGAAUGGCGAUGAGGGUAUGGAGAGACUAGCGAGUUGGGGGAGGACAGUGGUAAACUGGGGCAGAAGGAGAAUCGGCUUGAAGGAAGUGGGUGAGGUUAGGUUGGCAAGUCCUACGGCUGCGACUGCUAGGGAUGCGAGAGGUGUUAGGAGAGAGAGUGGUCACGAUGACAGAGUUGAUGGGACAUUUGCUGUCGGAGAUGGGGAUGACGAUGACGAUGAUAUUGGACGAGGUAGGGAUGUGGAGUUGGAGGAUAGAAGGAGAGACAGAUAG